AUGUCGGUCAUCUACAAGAGGAGCGAACGCGACCGCGAGUGGGACACCACGUCGGCGCGCGGAAGCGGCGCUGGCUAUACCACCGUGAGGCGCUACAAGGUGCCCGACCACAGCCUCGAGGAAGACACGUACGAAUCCGAAAUGCGCCUCGUCCAUCGUGGGCGCGACGACUUCGACGAUCGCCGCUCCGUGAAGGACUAUGUCAUUGAGCGCCAUCAAGAGCCUGCUCGAGAAGUGAGACACUACCACUACGCCGAACGUGAGCGCGAAGUCUCCCCCCAGCGUUCUGAGUAUCGCAUUCAGCGCGAAUAUGAGCGUUCCCCAUCCCCGGCGCGAACCGAGAUCCGCAUCUCCCGAGACUACGAGCGCGACCGGGACAUCUUCCCACGAGAACAACAGCCCUACGAACUGGAGAAGUACUCGAGGUCUACUGAGUAUUUCCGCCCUGAGCCGAUCCCCCAACCACCACCCCAGCCCAUCUACAUCCGCAAUGAAGCCCCUCAGCCCAUGCAGAUGCAGAUGCAACCUAUCAUUAUCCGGGAGGAGGCCCCACAACCCAUCAUCAUCCGCGAGCGCGUGCAAGAGCCAGCCUACGAGCUUGUUGAGCGGACUACUGAAGAAGAUAGACAGGUUGCCCGUCCGCGCCACGAGGAAGACUAUUACUACGAACGCAGAGUCAAGGAAAUCGACCGAGGCGGCCGUUACGACGAGCGAUACGCCGACGAGCGCGAAUAUGAUCACCGAUGGGGAGAUAAGAACUACUAUAGCGACGACGAUGUAUACAUCCACAAGGAGAAAGACACGUGGGGCGGAAGUGAGACCCGAACUAAACGUGACGUUGCUGCAGGUGCUCUUGCUGGAGUUGCUGCUGGACAGAUCAUCAGACAUCAUCGUAAGAGAAAGGGUGAAGCCGCUGGAGGCAAUAUCGGGAAUGCCCUUGGCUACGGGACGCUAGGUGCUGUGAGUGCUGUGGCUCUCGAUAGAUUUAACAACCGUGACAGAUCUCGUUCUGUUUCUUCGGAUCGGGGCAGGGGCAGCCGACGUGGCAAGUCUCGUCACCGCAGCAAGUCGAGAGUGAAGGAGCUGGGUACGCUUGCCGCUCUCGCUGGCGUUGGAGCCCUUGCCUACGCUGCUGGACAAAGGAACAAGAACAAGGUGGUCAAAGAGGAGACGGUCACGGUCAUAGAAGAUCGCCACCGAAGCAGGUCACGUCAUGGAGGCCGAUCGCGCUCUAGGAAGAGCCGGAGAAGAUCCAGGUCCGUCUCAGCUGCUGGGUCUGACAGGGGUAGGUCUCGUAGCACGAGCAAACACCUAGAUCCUGAGCAUCGCAACAACAGAGCAGCGCAAGUUGGUCUUGCCACUGCUGCUAUAGCCGGUCUUGCUGCACGUAGCCGCAGCAAAUCUCGAAAGCGCAAGGGCAAACGCUCGCCCAGCCGGAUUCGACAGGGUGUGCCAAUUGCUGCCGCUGGUGUUGCCGGCGCAGCUGUCACUGGACUAUAUGAGAAACGCAAGGCUAAGAAGGAGGCUAGGGCGGCAUCGCGGUCCAAAUCAAGAUCGCGCUCAAGGUCGAGCAGACGGCGACGAAGCUCUUCUUCCUCCGGUGGUCGAAGUCGAAGUCGAAGCAAGAGUCGAGCACGAUCGGUCGCGGAGACGGCAGCAGUCGCUGGUGUCGCUGGUUUGGCCGCACAUGAAGCAGCGAAGCGGCGCGACCGUAAGAAGGCCGAGAAGGAAGCUGAACGACGACGCGAGGAGGAUUCGGCCUACUCCACCAGCACCUACAGCCCUUAUGACAGUCCCACACCAUCCACCGCCCAUCCUAAUGACUCUCGUUUCUUCCCUGAAACAAACUACUUCCCUCCUCCUCCUAGUGCUCCAGUAGAUCACAACCCCAACAAUCCUUACCCUCCGUAUAAUCCAGCGGACUACCCUCCCCCUCCGAGCGCAUACGAGCCGAACCAUCCCUCACAGUUCGUCAACCCGCCGCAUGAAGACUUGCAUCUCGGCAACCCGUAUGCACCCCAGCACCAACAACAACAUGAACCUUACUACGGCCAGCCACGCCGUGGGGGUGACAAUGUGAGUGCUUCAGUCCCUGAUCAUGGCGGUAAAGAGCACUAUAACUUCGCUUCCGCGCGAGGUCCCGUAGACGAGUCGCGUAGCCCCAGUCCAACUCCGACAGAGGAGAAAAGCGUCAAAUUCGACCUGAAUCCACAAGAGGAACCUUCACGAGCGCCUUCACGAGAGCCUUCGCCUGAUUCGGAAAGGGAGCAUAGACACCGAGACGACCACAGUCAUAAACGACACAGGCAGCGUAAAGACGACGAUCGAUCAGAUAUUACGCGAGAGUCUGGUAGAGCACCACUAUCUGCCACUACUGAAUCGCCAUUUCCGUGCACCGGUGGCUCGAUCUACUUCACCGCUCAUACCAUCGAUAGCCUCCUCUUCCAGAACCCAGAUCUCUACCACGACCUCUACGUUUAUAAAUGCGUUACCACGGUCGUUUUCACUGCAGAUAGCGGCGGUGAAGCAGCCAACAACACCCGCGUGCUAGAGCUUGAGCGCGGUCUCGAAGAUGCGUACAAGUUUAUGUCUGAUGUGUCAUCCGUUGGCGCAGAUGACACCCGAUUUGUGUCCAAUCUAAAAGAGGCAGCACCACGUAAGGCGCUGCGGGAGGUCCUCAUCCUGCACAACGAAACUAACCAAUACACUGCAGUUGCCAACGAUACGACGGUUAAGGUCGGCGAGCAUACCAUCUCAGCAUCCUCACUACUCGGACUCUCGAACGUACAGAUCCUCUACCUUCGUCUUCCCCAGAGUGAAUACUUCGGGAGAGGUUACAAGGCGUACUCUGAAGAGUCACUGGAGAGACUGUAUAGUGCAGACAUCCUGCACAUCACCACUACUGACAGAAAGGCCACCUAUACGGUUGAGGAUCUAAAGGACAUCAUCGCAACGAUCCUUCGCGAUAGGCGAGCAAAUGACAUCCGUGUGCUGAACUACUUUGAGAUUCUCACCGCCGACGAGAAGGGUGAUCAGCUCGACCAUGCUGACCGUAUCGUCUCCGCAAAGCUUGUAAUGGACGUCAUGAAGGAAGAGGGCAUCAAGGGAGAUAUCAAGGUGUACGCAAGUGACUCAUUGCGCAUGUUGCAAAACAACCUCAACACACCGGACUACAUCAAGAAGGUCGAUGCGUUCUUCGAAUACGCCAAGUACGAUCCUGAUAUGUGUCAGAGUCUCGAUGAUUGUGGUCAGAGGCGCCAGAAGUUGGAUAUCUCCAAGACUAAGUAUGCCGAGGUAGACCAUGUCAGCGAGUUUCUGAAGCGGGAAUACUAUGCCGAAAGGCCUUCUCUUUGA